GAGAAGGCCAUUCACGUUUCCGGUUCCCGAAAAGAUACACCACUUUGCUUGCCGAAACAAAACUCAAAUUUUCUAUCUACGUCACGCUCAGUUGCUCCAUCUCCAUGCUUGUCCCUGCUCGUAGCUCACCUCCGUAGUUACUAACACCACCAUUCCAAAUUCCUCUUCCUCUGUGUUUUAGUUUCAUCCUGUUCCAAAGCAUACGCAUACAGAACAUGGCCUUUGAUCUGGAGUCCUUGUCAGAGGCAACAUCGGGAGCCAUUGGUGCUCUGGUUAGCACCACCAUCCUUUACCCUCUUGAUACCUGUAAGACUAAGUAUCAAGCUGAACUUAGAGCUCGUCACCGACAAAAGUACAAGAAUAUUUCUGAUGUUUUUUGGGAGGCAAUUUCUUCGGGUCAGAUUAUUUCAUUGUACCAGGGCCUUGGAACAAAGAACUUACAAUCUUUCAUUUCACAAUUUGUGUAUUUCUACGGGUACAGCUUCUUUAAGCGGCUGUACUUGGAGAAAAGUGGGAACAAAAGGAUUGGAACAAAGGCUAACUUGUUAGUUGCUGCAUCUGCUGCAGCUUGCACUGUCAUAGUGACACAACCCUUGGAUACAGCAUCAUCAAGGAUGCAAACGAGUGCAUUUGGAAAAUCUAAGGGACUUUGGAAAACCCUUUCUGAGGGCACAUGGAGUGAGGCAUUUGAUGGUCUUGGCAUAUCUCUCCUUCUGACAUCGAACCCAUCUAUCCAGUACACAGUGUUUGAUCAGUUGAAACAAAGAUUGUUGAAGCAACAGCUCAGCAAAAGAUCCAUUACAGAUUCAUCCCCAGAAGCUCUUUCUGCUCUUUCUGCUUUUGUUUUGGGUGCAGUUUCAAAAUGUGUGGCAACAUGCAUCACAUAUCCAGCUAUAAGAUGUAAAGUGAUGCUCCAGGCUGCAGAUUCAGAAGAAAACGGGAAUGGGGAAGCUAAACCUAAAAGCAAGAAGACAAUUUCAGGUGCAAUAUAUGCCAUUUGGAGAAAGGAAGGCUUGUUGGGGUUCUUCAAAGGAUUACCAGCCCAGAAUUUGAAGACUGUGCUAAGUUCAGCUUUGCUUUUGAUGAUAAAAGAGAAGAUAGCAAAGACUACAUGGGUCCUAAUACUUGCACUUAGAAGGUAUCUGUUCAUCACACCCGCUAGAAUAAGGAGUGUGUAAUUGCAGUGAGAACCAAAUACAUGAUAUCCUCGUAAAUAAAGAGGCUUCACUAAACAUGUCCAUCUUUAAAGGAAUAUUCUUGCAAACGCCAUAAAAAUGCAGCAGAUACUUGGCGACGCCAGUUUUAUUUCCCAGGGAAAAAAAAAGUCAAUUUGUAGCAAAUAAGGAUCCUUUACAAUUCUUAUGAUCCUUCUCGAUUUGUAAUUUGUGUACUGAUCUAGAAGUGAAGAUGGCAAAUUGAUUCUUCUGUAUGCAAAUAAUUAAAUAAAGUAAUGCCAGUAUUCACUC